CAUUAAUUAGCCGUAUAUAUAGAGUAUUAAUUGAUCGAUAAUUAAAAUAGAAUUAAAUAAUAUUCUAAAUCACAAUGAACAAUUUCAUUACAUUUUUGUGUUUCGUAAGCUUGGCUGUCUUAGGUAGCGGAGAUUUCACCAGUCCCAAUUUUGCAAUCAACAGCCCUAACAAUGGUUUAGCUGAAAAAAUUGAAAAAUAUUUCAUAUCUCAUAGAAAAAAUUUCGCUGAUGGAUUCAAUGGACUCCCAUCACUAGACCCAGUCACCGUACCAGGACCAUUUCGUCUAGAUGCUUCCCCAUUCACUGCAUCAGUAGAAUCAAUCACAGUCACUGGAUUAUCUUCCUUUAAUGACACAUUCCUAAGAAUUUUAGCCAACGGAAUAUGGUUUUUCGCAGUAGAAAUUCCAGAAAUCACUGUAGCCGGACAACUCAAAAUCGAUGUAGAUCCAAAGAUGCCAUAUCGUGGUGACGUUGAAGCAACUUUGAAAAAUAUGACUAUAAUCGUUAAUGGAUUUGCAUCAGUUGACGGAGCAGAUGUGCUAUCAAUUAGUGAAGUACAUUCAGAUGUAUCCAUCGAUGAAGUGCCAAGGGUCAAAGUAGUUGGAUUAUCUGAGAACAGCAAAUUCUUAAAUAGUUUUGCUAGCCAAUAUUUGACCAACAAUUUGGGUAACAUGAUUAACAAUGAAAGUGACAUUUAUGAAGCAGCUUUAAAUGAAGUUAUAAUAACUUAUCUACGUGCAGCUUUAGGCACAAGUUAUACAAAAUUAGUUAACAAUGUAAGCAACCCAUAAGAAAACUAUUGUGUAAUAAUUAUGUACCAUUUUCAUAAUUAUUUGAAUUAAAUCAGUACAAAAUAAA